CUCUAUGGUUUAGCCCAAGAGAGGGGGAUUAAGGUUUGGAAGAAGAAAAAAAAAAAGAAAAAAGAAAACCGACAAGGAAAGAAAAGAAGUGCAGCGAGGAUAAGAUUUGCACUUUUCUUUUAAGUCAGUAACCACCUGAUUCUGGGUAAGAAGACGUACAGAUCCGCGGUCGGUUCAGCUUUUAAAAAUGUCUUUUCCACCUCAUCUAAAUCGUCCACAAAUUGGGAUUCCUCCUUUACCACCAGGGAUGCCACCUCCGCAGUUUGCAGGCUUUCCUACAACAGUUCCACCUGGUGCACAAAUGAUUCCAAUGAUGGGGAUUAUGACACCAGCUCCCACUGUUUUGGUUCCUACAUCCAUGCCAAUGGUUGGCAAGCCAAUGGGCCCACGAAAAGAUUUUCCUGGAAUGAGAAUCAAAGAGAAUGAAGACACUGGUGGUCCAACCACAACUGUGUUUGUUGGAAAUAUUUCAGAAAAAGCUUCUGACAUGCUUAUAAGGCAGCUUUUGGCAAAAUGUGGAUUGGUUCUGAGCUGGAAAAGAGUGCAAGGUGCAUCUGGAAAGCUCCAAGCUUUUGGUUUCUGUGAAUACAAGGAGCCGGAAUCGACAUUAAGGGCAUUGCGAUUACUUCAUGAGCUGCAGAUCGGUGAUAAAAAGCUUUUGGUAAAAGUGGAUGCCAAAACCAAAGCUCAGCUAGAUGAAUGGAAGGCCAAAAGGAGAACUGCUAAUGGGAAUUCUCAGUCUGACUCAAAUGCAGAUGAAGAGGAGGAGUUGGAUGAAGAGAGUAAACAGCGUGACCAGAUUGUGAAGGGUGCAAUUGAAGGACUUAUUCGUGAAUACUCAAAUGAGCUUAAUGCUCCCUCCCAGGAGGCUGACACCCAUCACAGAAAGAAGAAAAAGGAAAAAAAAGAAGAUGAAGACAUAAAUGCAAUUGAAAUGGAAGAAGACAAGAGAGACUUAAUUUCUCGGGAGAUCAGUAAAUUCAGAGAUACUCACAAGAAACUGGAGGAAGAAAAAGGCAAAAAAGAAAAAGAGCGUCAAGAAAUUGAGCGGGAAAGGCGGGAGAGGGAGAAAGAACGAGAGAGAGAGAGAGAACGACGUGACCGUGAAAGGGAAAAGGAACGGGAACGGGAAAGAGAGAAGGAGAGAGAGAAAGAGCGGGAGAGAGAAAGGGAGAGGGAUCGAGAGAGAACCAAGGACAAGGAGAGGGAGCGAGAAAGGGAGCGCGAUAAAGAACGAAGCAGAGACCGAAGUAAAGACCGUAGUCGAUCACGGGAGAAGAGCAGAGAUAGAGAAAAGGACAAAAAACGUGAUCGAGAAGAAGAUGAGGAAGAACUGUAUGAGAGAAGAAAAUUGGAGAGAAAGCUGAGAGAAAAAGAAGCUGCCUACCAAGAGCGGCUAAAAAACUGGGAAAUUAGAGAGAGGAAAAAAGCUCGAGAAUAUGCAAAAGAAGCUGAAAGGGAGGAGGAACGGAGACGAGAAACAACAAAAGAAGGUAAAAGACUUAAGGAGUUUCUUGAAGAUUAUGAUGAUGACAGAGAUGAUCCUAAAUACUACAGAGGCAGUGCUCUUCAGAAACGCUUACGUGACAGAGAAAAGGAGAUGGAAGCAGAUGAACGAGACAGAAAACGUGAAAAGGAAGAAUUGGAAGAAAUACGACAACGACUUUUAGCAGAGGGUCAUCCAGAUCCAGAUGCUGAAUUGCAAAGGAUGGAGCAAGAAGCAGAGCGGCGUCGGCAGCCACCCAUAAAACAGGAGCCAGAGUCUGAGGAAGAAGCAGAAGAAGAAAAAACACAAGUUCAGCAAAAGGAAGAAAGAAAAGAUGUGGUUGACCAGGAGCCAGAUUCGGAGGAUGAUGUUGAUGAGCAAGAGGAAGAGGAGGAGGAGGAAGAGGAACCUCAAGAACAGAAGCCAUGCCUUAAACCUACGCUAAGACCAAUUAGCUCUGCUCCAUCAGUGUCAUCAGCUAGUGGAAAUGCCUCGCCCAAUACUCCUGGUGACGAGUCUCCCUGUGGUAUCAUUAUACCCCAUGAGAACUCCCCUGGCACACACCUUCAGGAGGAACAUCGGCCCAAAAUUGGGCUCACUCUCAAAUUAGGUUCUUCAAAUAGCCCAAGUCAACCAAGUGGAGGGAAAAGAAAGAAAUUAGCUGUGGAUAGUGUGUUCAACAAAUUUGACGAUGAAGAAAGUGAUGAGGUGCCUCGUAAAAGGAAACUGGUACCUUUGGACUAUGAAGAUGAAGACAAAGGAGGUGCUAAAGGCAAUGUGAACACAGAAGAAAAGCGGAAACAUAUAAAAAGCCUCAUUGAGAAGAUACCAACUGCCAAGCCAGAGCUGUUCUCUUAUCCUCUUGACUGGUCCAUUGUAGACAGUACAUUAAUGGAACGGCGCAUCAGACCAUGGAUAAAUAAAAAGAUUAUUGAGUACAUAGGAGAAGAAGAAGCAACAUUAGUGGAUUUUGUUUGUUCAAAGGUCAUGGCUCACAGUACACCGCAAGGCAUUUUAGAUGAUGUAGCGAUGGUGCUUGAUGAAGAAGCAGAAGUUUUCAUUGUAAAAAUGUGGAGGUUAUUAAUUUAUGAAACAGAGGCAAAGAAGAUUGGAUUAGUGAAAUAAACGUGGAAGGAGGGGAAAGAUGAACUAAUUUAAUAUUAGCUGCUUUCCAUCCAUUAUUCAGUCCAACAUUAAACUAUUGUUCUGGAUAAUUCUCUCUGGGGGCUGGAUUUUUAAAACAAAAAGAAGAAAAUCAAUGGAUGUCUCGCCUGUGAAUUUUUUUUUUUUUUUUUUUUUACUGUUUCAAGCAGUAAUUUAAAUCAGCAUUGUUCUGGUUGUUCUGUUUUAUUUGUGCACUGAUUUUAGUGUGCCCUGACAAAACUGUACUGAGCAUGUUCUGAAUUAAUAAUUCAGGUCUGCUCCUAAAGAUCUGCUUCUUCUGUUAGUUUCUUGUCACAUGUUAGCCUUGAGUUCACUCUCCAGCAUUUGAAUUUUAUAUUAAUGUUUAUAAAUAAUUGGCCCAUCAGUGGGAUGACACUUGAAAAAUCAGAGUUUGAGGUCUCACAAGGAAAUCAUCAAUGCCAAAAUUGCAUUAUUUAACUCGGCAUCCUGUAGCAGAUUGGUUACUCAAAAACAUGGAAGUAUUUUUCUUUGUCUUGAGUAUCCCCCAUAGAGUGUUUCAGGUGUUAUUAGAAUUUUUAUUAUUGUUAAAACAAGUAACAUUCUUGAUCCUGAUUUUGUUUGUGCUGGCCAAAUUUACCUAGUCUUUUCCUCAAGACACCUUGAUUUGUGGUCUAAUACUUAUUUUUCUUGUUGUCCAAUAAAUGACAAUAGCCUUAGAUGACCCACUAAACUCUUUUGAUUUAAUAAUUUUGUAAUAAAAAGACAAGUAAUACUUCAGCUGUGGUCAUGAGAUGUCCAACAUCAUUGUUAAUGUCCGUUUUAAAUAUGCUGUUCAGAAGAAUUUCAAUGACACAGUUCAGUUUCCUUUCAAGGAAUUGAGUGAUGUUUUUUAUUGACAAAUCUUUAGCUCUUUACUCUUAAUCUGAAGUUAUCCUAACAUACCUAAACUUUCUUUUGACCUUCAGUAUAACUUAAUGCCUUUCUUUAUUAUGUAUCUUCUAACAUGCAUGUAAAUCAAUGGAUUCAAACACCAGGUAGGUACCUAUGUUGCAGAGAUGGUGCUUCUAUUGUUUACUGUUUACUCGGUAUAUGCUGGCACAUUAAAAGAGCAAACUUCAAUGUCUGCCAGUUUGACUCGCCAAAUAGUACUACCACAAAUGACUGACCAUUUAAUAGUUAAAUCACAUAUUUUACUAAGUAACAUUUUUUGUUGCUUAUUAGCAGUGUGAUCUUCAGGGACUGAAAGUGUAGAUAUGUCAGUUGCUGUCAAACAAAACUUUUCUGAAGGUAACCCCGUCACAGAUAUGUAUAAACCCACUGGCCCCCAUUUGCUUAUUUACCACAUUUUUGGGUUUAAUUCCUUGUCUGUACUUUUCACAGUAAACUUUAUGCUGGUUCUGUUCUGCUUUUCAUUGUUUUUUAAAAUGUAGGAUUUGGGCCACACAGCUUUGUCCUGACUGUUCUAUGUCUUAAAUUUUAGAAUGACCUCUUAUCACUAAACUAAUGCUGUUUCAGUGUUGCUGUCUCAAUACUUUUGUGGGUGAGAACAUUUUUUUUGUUGUUUUCUUGAACAUGGAUGGUAGGUUAGGUUUGACUCGGAUAAUGUUAACAAGAUUAGAGCAUGUUAAACGGCUCGAGUCAUUUUUUGCCUCUCUUUUAGAGCUUCUCAUCCCUGAUUUCCACAGAAAGUUUGAAUUUUUGACUCUGGUUGCUUUGUAUCUAAAUGAUCAACAAAAUUGAAGACUCUUACCCCAAAGACUGUCAUCCAAAUGCUUAUCUUAGCCAGUCUGAUGUGAUUAAAUUUUAAUUUUGUUUUAUUCAAAUUGCUGUAAAUUUUCAAGUCGUACAGUAACUGUAAAAAUGUUGGAAACCUUUUGUGCAAAAUGUAUAUAUCAGCAUUGAGAUGGACCUGCUGUGAACACCAAGCACUGGGAACCCAUGCUAAAAAUAAUUUAUUUUGGACCUCAAAGUAUAUUUAGUUUAAGCUUAUGGCUUAAUAUCUUUGUAAAUAGUGCUGGGUGAACAAAUUCAAACUUUGUCAGGC